ACACGUCGCAUAAUUUUUUUCAAUAUCUAUAAUAAUGUGAAUAUUCUAAUUGUUUAUUCAAAUACAAAUUCCAACACAAUUUCCGUCUUAUUUUAAAAAUGUGAUAUCAUCAAGGAAAAUCAAUGGAAACAUGAUAUCAUAAUUAAUUAAUUAAUUCAUCUUUUAUCACUACCAUUAUAAAUACCUAUAUACACACACAUAUAUAUAUAUAUAUAAAUAUGGAAAGCAAAAACUGCAGUUAAACGUCAAAUCCCGCUUAAUCCAUCCAACGCAUCAGAAGCUUGCGUAAGCUUUAUUUUACAUAAACAAUAUAUGGAACAUAUUCAGACGUCACUAUCUGUGUUAAGGUCGAGCGAAGGAAAAGUGGAGCAAAUAUUCGCUCAUCAUUCUUGAAUAGACAUACACGCGAAAGCUUCAUUGACGGAAUAAUGUAACAAAAAAGAAAAGAAAGAGAGGGAGAGAAAGAAAAAAGAAAGAAAGUCGAAAUCAAUUAAAAGAUAGAUUAAAAAUAAGUGAUAAAAAAUAUUCUGUAAGAAUAUACCAACGUAAAAAAUUAAUCUCGACAUAGAAUGGAAUGGAAAGAUAUCACCCCAGUAACCCUCUGGUAUCAAGCGGAGCCAGGCACUGUUUAUGGAUUAUUCGAGGUACGGUGGUGUCGGUUGCUAUAGCUUAAACACCGUUUUCCACCUGUGUGCCACCUUUCGUCAGCCUGAAGGAAUCUCUCAAGGGUUAUACUCAACGUGGUUGAGUCGAUCACGGUUAGUCACACAGCGAAGUGCCCUUCGUCCACUCGGUUAGAACUGUCGAAAAAUGGGAGAACACUCGUCCUGGAGGAUACCUGAGAUACCACUCGAGAUAGAUCUUGCUCGGAUGGCGGUUGAUAAGCCGUCGGUCGUCGAGCGAAAUCGAUCUUGUGAAUAGACCUAUUGAGCAGCAUCAAGAUAAAUAAAGAAAGAAAAAAAAAAGAAAAGAAAGGAAAAGAGUGAUACAGAGUGGACAAAUGUCGUGAAAAAAAAAAAAACGGUUCGAGGACGUGAAAGAGGUUUAAAGAGGGAUGUCUGAAUGGGUGGUGUCUGCUCGUUUCGAGGUCGCGGUAGCCAGGUGAACUCUGGCUCGAUCCUUGAUCGUGUGAUCAGUCAAGCGAGCGACGAGGAUCAAUGUCUGUUGUAUCGUCUGGCCAAUUACAAAAAGGGUGGCGAGCUGAUCGAGUCGUACAAUCAAGGUGGCCAGUUCGAGGUAGAAAAAUUGAUCAGGGAACAAUUCGGUGUAUUGAUGUAUGCGAACGGUAAGGGCCAGGUGAUUAAUCGUGCCGAGUAUCUACGCUGGAAAUUCCGAGACCUCGAGCAAGUUGUGCUCCCUAUCGAAGCUUCUUUGUCACAGUUCGACCCUUUGGCUCAAUGGAACGAUCACGAAGCGUGCUGGCAAAUGCAGUACAGAGGUUCGCUAGGAGAGACUCUCCUGCAUGUUCUGAUUAUAUGCGAUACCAGGAUACACACACGAGUGGCGCGUAUUCUGCUCAAGUGCUUUCCACGAUUGGCCAUUGACGUAGUCGAGGGUGAGGAGUACCUUGGCGCUAGCGCGCUCCAUCUAGCGAUCGCGUACAACAAUAAUGAACUGGUGCAAGACCUCGUUGAGGCGGGAGCGAUCAUUUCUCAGCGGGCGAUAGGCAGCUUUUUCCUACCCAGGGACCAACAACGAAUGAAUCCGGCUAAGAAUACGGAUUACGAGGGAUUAGCUUAUCUGGGGGAAUAUCCCCUCGCCUGGGCCGCUUGUUGUGCAAACGAGAGCGUUUACAACUUAUUACUCGACUCUGGCGCUGAUCCCGACGAGCAAGACUCUUUCGGAAACAUGAUACUGCAUAUGGUAGUGGUUUGUGAUAAAUUGGACAUGUUCGGAUAUGCUCUCCGUCAUCCGAAGCUUCCUGCUCGCAAUGGGAUUGUGAAUGCUGCCGGACUGACCCCAUUGACGCUCGCCUGCCAGUUGGGCCGUGCUGAAGUCUUUCGGGAGAUGUUGGAACUGUCCGCACGAGAAUUCUGGCGCUACAGUAACAUCACCUGCUCGGCAUAUCCCCUGAAUGCGCUCGAUACGCUGUUGCCCGAUGGUAGAACAAACUGGAACUCGGCGCUAUUUAUCAUUCUGAACGGUACGAAGGAGGAGCACUUGGACAUGCUGGACGGUGGUAUUAUUCAGCGAUUACUCGAGGAAAAAUGGAAGACCUUUGCGCGGUUGCAGUUUUUAAAACGACUAAUCAUCUUGGCAUUCCAUCUGACGUCCUUGUCGCUGGCAGUGUACCUGAGACCUUCCAACACAGAUGCUCAACUCUUGAAAUGGCCGGAAGAAAUCACGGAAGUCGCACGCACGAUCGCCGAGUGCAUCACGGUGCUAGGCGUGCUCAGUUAUAUUCUGGUCCAACUAGGUGGCGAGAUCAUCAACAUUGGUCUCCUGUCCUUCAUGAAACAGUUGAGUCACGAGCCCGCCAAGCUCAUAUUCUUGAUCAGCAACCUGCUCAUACUCGCGUGCAUUCCAUGUCGUCUUGCCGGUAAUAGGCAUGCGGAAGACGCGAUACUCAUAGUCGCUGUGCCCGGCUCUUGGUUCCUUCUCAUGUUCUUCGCUGGGGCUGUCCGGCUGACCGGUCCAUUCGUCACCAUGGUGUAUAGCAUGAUAACGGGAGACAUGUUGACCUUCGGUAUAAUAUACAUGGUGGUACUGUUCGGCUUCUGUCAGUCGUUCUACUUUUUGUACAAAGGAUUCCCGGGAGUGAAAUCAUCCCUCUACAGUUCCUAUCACUCGACCUGGAUGGCACUGUUUCAGAUAACCCUCGGCGAUUACAACUACACGGAUCUCAGCUACACGACCUAUCCUAAUUUAUCGAAGAUGGUGUUCGCUAUAUUUAUGGUACUGGUGCCUAUACUAUUGUUGAACAUGCUAAUCGCCAUGAUGGGCAACACGUAUGCCCACGUGAUUGAGCAGAGUGAAAAGGAAUGGGUGAAACAAUGGGCGAAAAUCGUGGUUUCUCUGGAACGUGCAGUUUCACAGAAGGAUGCACAGAAUUAUUUGCAAGAAUAUAGCAUUAAACUGGGACCUGGAGAUGACCCAAACAAUCCUGCCUCGGAGCAACGAGGAGUCUUGAUUAUUAAAAGUAAAUCGAAAACCAAGGCGAAGCAACGCAAAGGCGCGGUGGCUAAUUGGAAGCGUGUGGGCAAGGUGACGAUAAAUGAAUUAAAGAAACGUGGCUUAACAGGAGAGGAAUUGCGACGAAUUAUGUGGGGUCGAGCUUCUUUUUCUACACCUGUAAGAGUAAGUCCAAAAGGGGUCGAGCCUCAAGUUUCUGUGGUGACUGCCGGUUUCGGAGACGCGUUGACCACAGCUUUGGAUGUCAUGGCGUUCGCCCAUGAUCUCGACUUGUCUACCGCAACGGAAGGAAUUCCAACCAACAUCGAUGCCAAGCAGUCGAAACCGAAGAGUGCUAUCAAGGAGCAGAUGAAAUUGACGACGAAUAAUCAGGAGAACGUGUCGACUAACGUAGAACCGCAGCUGAAAUCGACCACGGAAAAUGCGAACGAUCAGGCGAACAAUCCUAGGGAAAUUAAAAAAGUAACUAACCAGGUUACAGGCAUACACGAGAUGAAUUUGAAGAACGCGAAUCAUUCGAGCGUGACCGAGGAUUUUCAGGAUCCACUUUUGGAACUUGUGAUUGCUUCCGAAAAUACGAACGAUCCCGAAACCCUGCUCGAAAUAGCGAAACGUGCCGCGGCAGGCUUCGAAACAGAAGCCAGCUCUAAAAUAAAUCUUCAAAUUUUAGAACAAUUCACGAUGACGAAGAUACCUAUGGAGGAGAAGGUCAGCGUUACAAGGAAACAAUAUUUCGUCGAGUCUAGUGACAAUGACUUUGGAGGCGACAACCUGCUCGGGACUGAGGCCCGUCUACGUAGAAUAAGAUCAGCGAACAACAGAUUUAUCACGACACGUAGACGGUCACGGAACGUCGACGACGACCUGUCAUCCACAUCUUCCACGUCCAUGGACAGAAAUCCUCGAUAUCAGUCGUUGUUCAACGGCCAUGAAAACUCGAUCGACCGUCCAAUCGAGAGUCGAGAGUGUUCCAUGGAAGCAAUUAACUCGCAAAUAAAGCAGAACGGGCCACCGUGCGAAACAGUGAAGGCCAAGGUCCAGAAGAAAAGACCAAAAACGGCCAAAAAUAGGGUAUCGCCGAAGGAAAUAGAGAAGGCUGGUCCGAGGAGAAGAGAAUCGAUCGAGCGGAAUAAGGCGGUUUCACCGGCAACAUCGCCCACGGAUCCGCUCGAGCCAUGGAGCACACGCGGCAUUAAGGACAUGAACACGAUAUUGGCUUGGGAAGAGACCGCGCCGGACAGUCCUUAACGAAACUUUACGAUAUUAUGCACCGUGUAACUCCGGCUAGUCGACCAACCCAUAAAAUGCCACCUUGUUUUUGCCAUCUUCUUCAUCGAAAACUGAAAACCCGUCUAGGGAAACUUGAGCUCGUUCGAAACUCGGCUUAGAGAUUCGAAGGUGUUAUGGAUUCUUCGACGAUUCCAUGGUAACUUCUAGGGAAUAUUGUGGAAAGAAGUUUGCAAAUUGGAUACGUACGAUUUACAUAUAGUUUUAUAAUUUAAUAUUAAGAAAAUUAUAUAUUUUGUAUCUUAGGAAAUAGAAUCUUAUAUAUUAGUAUACAGAGAAAGAAAAUUUAUAUGUUAAAUGUGCGUUUGAUAUUAAAGAAGAAAUUUUAUAAAUUAAGAAGUGAA